AUGAAACCAAAUGACAGCCCAUGGUCUUUUGUAUCCACCUUCUUCAAUUUUCCAUGCAACCAAAACUUUGACGAUAGUGUAAAUGCCCUGGCUCUAACUUGCCUCAUCUGGCACUCCCAAGCAUCAGGGAACCCUGAUCGUUCCGGUUGCAAAAUCGAACAUUGUCCCAUUGUCAUAUCUGUAGUAUUAUGUGCGUUAGUAAAUCUCUGUAGCAGAGACGUUGACAAACGUGAAGCGCACCUUCAAUUCACCUCCGUAGAACCACUCGUUAUGGAUGAAUUGGAAAAAGUCGGCGCCGCUUAUGGUUCUGAGGCAAUCGAGGAGGAGCAGAGACUUCUUUAUCAAGCCUUGCAACUUGAUGCAGUGUACUGUCAACUCGCAUCACUUCACAACUUAUUAAGCGGACUAAAAGUCGUAGGGAAUUCCUUACAACUGACUGAUGCCAAUAAAAGCUCAUUGAUGCCCAGUUAUGAAAUCUUCCCAUCUUUAAAGGCGUCAGUUUUGAUUGCCCGACAUCUUAUGUGUCUAACUUCUCAAGCGCGGCUUAGGUCUGCGUCUCGUUUAUGGCUGAAGUCGUUUUUUUUGUCUCCACAAGUUCCUCAAGCAGUUGAGCGCCUUUGUAAUGUGGCCUCACUCUUCCCACAAUUUUUCAAUUUUGUCGCUGGUACGACUAUCUCUUGGAAAAACCCAGUUAUGGAGAGUGUUGAACUUCCCCCUGUUCUCAAUCUUCUCGAACGGAAAAUUCGAGUUGCUUCCUCACAGCCAGAGUGUGCUGAUCCAAGCAUUGCUCCUUCGUUGAAUGCCAAGUCCCAAGAGUUCUACCAAAUGAACAACCUUCCUUCGACCAAGUCGCCUAUCCCAUCUCCCCUGCAAAUACGUGAUACUGAAAACAUUUGUCAGUUGUCCACAAAGGAUUCCGACAAAAACAUCCGAGCCUUUCAGUUUGAGGGUCCAGCGCCAUCCAUUACGCUUGAUGAAAACACUAAUGUUGAGUCCUUACGAAUUCCAAGUGUUGCGAGUUACCCCGAUUACCAAAGUAAUAGCGCUACUCGUUGCUUCAGUGCUUUAGACGACGACACCUGUUCUGUUGCUUCGUCCUACCGUAGCAUUCCGCGACCGCCUCCCCCCGCAAAUGCCUUCAUGAAGAAAUCCAGAGGUGGAAAGCCGAGCCGUUAUGCAGCUCGCCUGGCUCAAAGAUACGGAAAUAAAAUAUGA